UGAUCAGUCUUCACGUGUUUUUAACCCCGAAGAUCUUCGCUCUUCUCGCUUUGCGUUUUUUUAUUUCCUGUUUUUAAACACGAAGAUGUUUUUAAACAAGGUUGUGCAUUCGUGUGUUUUUGGAGUUAAAAAUGUCUCUAGAGGAGGACGGAUGCUGUCCGCAGCUGCCGCCAGAAAACAGCACUCUCAGGCCCAGCAGCCAGGGACACCUGUUGCCCCGAUCCGACCGGAGACCUCCUGCGCCAAAACCCUGAUGGACAUCGGGACGCGCCGCAUCUUUAACGAGGACCACGAUAUCUUCAGGCAAAGCGUUCGGCGCUUCUUCCAAGAGGAAGUGGUUCCACACCACAAAGAGUGGGAAAAAGCAGGUCAGGUGAGCAGGGAGGUGUGGGAGAAGGCUGGAGAACAAGGUCUGCUUGGGGUGAUGGUACCUGAGGAGCAUGGUGGCAUUGGUGGAGACGUGUUUUCUGCAGCCAUCACAUGGGAGGAGCAAAUGUACAGCAACUGCUCUGGCCCGGGUUUUGCUUUGCACUCGGACAUAGUCAUGCCUUACAUUGUAAACUAUGGCAAUAAGGAACAGAUUGAACGCUUUAUUCCCACUAUGACUGCUGGGAAAUCCAUCGGUGCUAUCGCAAUGACCGAGCCAGGAGCGGGCAGUGACCUUCAGGGUGUCAGAACGUACGCCAAGAAGCAUGGCAGUGAUUGGAUCCUUAAUGGCAACAAGGUGUUCAUCACAAACGGUUGGAUGUCCGAUGUGGUGGUGGUUGUUACUGUAACCAACCGCGAGGCAAAGACAGCUGCACACGGCAUCAGUCUGUUCCUUGUAGAGAAUGGCAUGAAGGGCUUCCAGAAAGGACGGAAGCUAGAGAAGAUAGGUCUGAAGGCACAGGACACAGCGGAACUUUUUUUUGAAGAUGUGCGACUUCCAGCCAGUGCUCUUCUGGGUGAACUCAACAAGGGUUUCUACUACCUGAUGAAUGAACUGCCACAGGAGCGUCUACUGAUUGCUGACAUGGCCAUAUCAAGCUGUGAGUUCAUGUUUGAGGAAACAAGGAACUAUGUAAUGCAGAGGAAGGCUUUUGGGAAGACCAUCGCCCACCUACAGACUGUGCAGCACAAGCUGGCAGAGCUGAAGACUGAGAUCUGUGUUGGUCGGGCCUUCGUUGAUAACUGCCUUCAGCUCCUUUCUGAGAAACGCCUGGAUCCCUCCACAGCCUCCAUGGCCAAGUUCUGGGCGUCGGACCUCCAGAACAAGGUGGCCACCCAGUGCCUGCAGCUUCAUGGAGGAUGGGGCUACAUGUGGGAAUACCCAAUUGCCAAGGCGUUUGCAGACUCUCGUGUUCAGCCCAUCUAUGGAGGCACUAAUGAGAUCAUGAAGGAGCUUAUUGCACGUGGUAUUGUGAGCCAGAAGUGAGACUUAUGGGCCAUUUUAAUGUUAAUUAAGCAUGUUGGUUUGCCUGGAAAUAUGGAAGAAAAGGUUAUCAUGAGGUGCCGAAUGAAGCAUAAUUCCGCUUGAAUGUCCUAAUGGUAUUAUUGUUGGACUGAACCAUUUGGAAGAAAGAACCAACUUUGGAUUCAGUGUCUAAUUGUCUUUCAGUUUCUGGACUAUUUCAUGUCAUGGUGAUGUGUAAGAUUUGUAUGUGAGAUUUGCAUAAAUUUAACUGAUCUGUUGUUUGCUUUGUGUGUGUCAGGUCUGUACCAAGAGAAUAAGUAAAGUUUUGCUGCCAUUGCUGCUA